CCGUGUUCUUUAUUAUCAUUAAUCUGUGUGUAUCCCCAAUCUAUAAUUUUAUAUUAUUUUUGUGCAAGAUUCAUGGGUUUUUAUAGAAAAGUUAUUAUAUUGUGAUGUUUCCAUAAUAGUAUCAUAGGAAGAUAAGUGGAUGUCAAAAUUUCCACAUCUCAAUCAUGUGGAUUGCAUUAAAAUCUCCGAAACUCGCUGUCGGUGUUUAUAAUUGGAAAGGAGAUGUGCGAUCAGGAUUACCAAUUGAAAUAGGAGAAACAGUACAGAUAUUAGAAGAAAAUGGAGCCUGGUACCGAGGAUUUAGUACAAAAAACAGAUCAGCGUGGGGCAUUUUCCCUGCCUGCGUGGUCUGCAUUCGACCUUGCACCAUUAAAGGCUUUGGAGCUGCCGCCGUUUGCGAGCUCAAAGAAGAUCCUCUUGUUCAAGAAAUAGCCUGUGUGUUACGGGAAUGGGCACGACUAUGGAAAAAGCUCUAUGUGGAGCGGGAGACAUAUCGGUUUAGUGCCGUGGCUAAGGUGAUGCGGGAGCUGCUCAGUGGACGGCGGUCCCUCCUGGCCGGCACACUCACCCAGGAUCAGACGAGGGCGCUACGAUUGAAACUCGUCGCUAAACUAGAUUGGGGGAAUAGGAAACUAGGUUUGGAGUUGGUCCCACGAAGGGGCGCCACCGCAGUGGAUCCGGAAGAAAUGAGCCUUGUUCAGCUGUACAGUGUGCAUUUGGAAAGUUCAGAGAGAGCAGCAGCGUGGCGUGGUACACUCCGUCGCGCAGGCGGUUCAGGUAGCAGCUUUAACUCCGGAACACUCACAAAUGGCUGCACAAAUUCUAGUACCGGGGUUCAAUCUUACAAUCUACUGUGCAGCAUGCGGGAUUUUGGACAUACAGCGGGUGGAGAUGAAGCAGAAUUACUCUUAUGGUUGCACGAUGCGAGAAAAGCACAACCUUUAUCUGAGAGGUUCAGGGUCAGGAUAGCGAGAGACGGGUUCUCGAAUUAUGUGGACAGGCUUCACGCUAAUAGUACCUUAUUUGCUGAUCUCUCAACAACAGAUCUCUCCCGGGAGCUAUGGCUGGUGGCGUGGGUGAUACGAGUGGGGCGAUGGUCAGGCGCUGGCAGCAUCAGUGGCGGCACAGGCGAGAGGAAAGGACCCAUCGCCAGAAGGCCUCUGGGUGCUGGUGUAUUGUCCCUAACAGAAUUCCUCAGACAACCCGGUCAGCAACCCACUGAAAAAGAGUAUACGUUUAAGGUAUACCAAUCUGAAGAGAAGGAUUUCCAUCAGUUACAUGAUAUGUUAAUACGAAAACAGACGAACAAGUGCAAUAUACUUCCCGGUACACCGAAUUAUGGUAUAGUGGUAGCCCUUCGACUUUUAACACAUUCGGGGAACAUAACAGAAGCGGUAACAUCUGGAGCAACAGUAACCGCCAAGCGUGGUUUCCCUGAUGUUAUCAUGCCUGGCGAUGUGCGGAAUGACUUAUAUUUUACAUUAGAAAAAGCAGAGUUCGAAAGAGGAGGCAAAAGUACAGCGAAAAAUGUUUUAGCAACAGUCAGUGUUCAUGACAAUACAGGACAGGUUAUAAACGAGUGCGUGUACGGCGCGAGCGGCGCUGCUGGCCACUCGUACGAGUCUCUAGUGCUGUACCACAACAACAGCCCCGCGUGGGGAGAACACCUGCGCCUCGGUGUGCCUCUCGACACCUUCACGCAUGCGCACGUGCGCGUCGAGUACCGACACUGCUCCACUCGAGAUAAAAAUGAAAGAAAACUAUUUGGAUUCGCAUUCGCCCGUCUCAUGGAAGCAAGCGGCGCCACACUGGGGGACGGCCCUCAUGAACUAUAUGUUUAUAAAUGCGACGAUCCUACCAAACUUACAACAGCGAGCUACCUGUCACUUCCAUCGUGUGCUACUGACUCGGGGAGGGGUACGACCAACGGUGUCGUAGCCACUUUCCAAAGGAGUUCUAAAGAGAGCUGUACAAUUAGCACUUUGUUGUGUUCUACAAAACUCACGCAGAAUGAGGACCUCCUGGCGCUGCUGCAAUGGCGCGCCCACCCAGAGAAGGUGCAGGAGACGCUACUGCGCGUGCUGCGGCUCGGAGAUGGGCUCAGCUGCGAAGAGCUUAUCAAGUUCCUGCGCGAUGUGCUCGAUGCACUCUUCGCUCUCUUCUCCACUGAGGAUGGAAACAGUACGCCGCACUCCGGUACCGUGUUCUUGGUACUGGUAUCGAUAUGUAGUUUACUGGACGAAAGUCGGUUUCAACAUUUUCGACCAGUGCUCGACGUGUAUAUCGAAGAACACUUCUCAGCCGCUCUAGUAUACAAAGGCCUGCUGUCGUCGGUGCAGCACUGCGCGGAGUGGGCGGCGGGCACGGAGGGCCAGGAGCCGAUCCGCAAGUGUCUGCGGUCGCUGGGCGCCGUGUUCCGGCUGGCCGUACGCUCGCGCCGGCUGUUCUCCCGCGCCACCGGCGGCCAGUACGAGGACAGCUUCCGGCGGGACGUGCGCGCCGCGCUGCACGCGCUGCGGGCGCUCGCGCACCACCCGCACCGCGACCACCUCGCGCCCGCACAGGUAGCGCUAAUGACAUCAUGGGCCAGCGUGGCCAAGGAAGUGGCGUCGGCCCUGGGUCCGGUGGAAGCGGCGCGGAUAACGGCUUCGAUGCUGGACGCGCCCGCCGCCACCGCGCCGCCCGCGCUCGCCAAGGCGCGCCUCGCCGCCGCGCAGGACGUACUCAAGGGCCCGCUCGGACAGGAUCCUGAGGCGCGUAAUAUCGUUUUGAUGACGGCGUGCCAACACUUGCGUGUACAACUAGCACGACGCGACGAACUACCGCAGUGUGCGGACAUGCUUGGUGACCUCGUCACGUUGCUAUGGAAACGCUCCGACGACGAUCUCACCGACCCUCAAGAUCAGCUCGACCAUCACGAGCACGAUCAUCAUGAUCACAUCGAUCCUGACGUCGAUGUGCUCUGUCUGAACACGCUCGAUGUGCUCGUCGAGACUGUGCUGCAUCUUAUUGGUGGGAACUCACCUGUAUUGGGCUCAAUGGUCGCCGGUUUGCUGGGCGCUAUGGAACUACUCAAGCCCGCCCAUUAUCAAAGGCUAUGGAGUCACUUAGCACCGCACCCGCAUGAUCGAAAACCUUUAAAAGACUUUUUGAUGCGAGCCUUCCUUGUCUUUAGACAUCUUAUUGAACAGGAUGUGUUCCCAGCAGAUUGGAUGGUUCUUAGAAUUCAAAGCUGUAAAGUAUUAUUAUCAGCGCUACAAGACUUGUCGAAACCGUUACUCGAGCGGUUUAUGGGAGAUGAACCACCGCAAUUUGAUACUCAGGUGUGGGCGGGGUACGUGGAGCUGGGCGUGGCGCUAGUGACAGCGAGUGCGUUACAAGCGCCGCGCUGCGUGGGACGAGCGGCGGACGGGCCGCGCAUGCGUGCUGCUGCCGCACGUCACUUGCUCGCCGUUUGGAAUCGCCUCGGUGCGGCGCAGCUGCAGCUGGUGGGCGCGGGCGUGGGCGCGCUGCUGGAGGUGACGCUGGUGGAGGCGCUGCGGCGGCCCGCGCUGGCCGCGCUCGUCAACCUCAUGGCGGCCGAGCGCGCCGCCGCCGGACACGCGCGCCGCACGGAGGCCGCGCUCGUCGACAAGCUCGACUCGCUCGUCGCCGACAACAAGGCCGACGACCACUACCGCCGGCUGUUCGACACUGUGGAACACUUAAGUUCAGUGCUGAUGGAGCGGGUGUCGACAGGUGCUAAACGGGAUGUGUAUGCUGCUUUCGUGGGGUGCGUAACACGACUGUUAGAGCGGUUGUUGGACUACCGCGCCGUCAUGCAGGCCGCCGAGCACCGCGACAAGCGGAUGGCCGCCACCGUCAACCUGCUGAAUUUCUACAAAAACGAAAUCGAUCGCAAAGAGAUGUAUUUACGAUACGUAUACAAAUUACACGAUUUACAUAUUGGGUCUGAAAACUUCGUAGAAGCAGGCUGUACGCUUCUGCUAUAUGCAGAAACACUAAGCUGGGAUAGUGACCAAGUCGGAGUAGACCACGAACAUCCAGACACACCGGAAUGGAAGAGGAAAGAAGCUCUCUAUAAUCAAGUUUUGCAAUACUUCGACCGCGGAAAGUGCUGGGAGAAAGGUCUGCCGCUGUUGCGUGAGCUGGCUCGUCUGUACGAGACGCGACUGUGCGACUACACGCGACUGGCGCACACGCUGCGCACUCACGCCACGUUCCUAGACGCGGUACUGAAAGACGUGCGACCAGAACCAGAGUACUUCCGCGUCGGAUUCUACGGCAACGGCUGCCCGCUCUUCGUCAGGAACAAGCAGUUCGUGUACCGCGGUCAUGACUACGAGCGAAUCGGUGCGUUCACACAACGGCUGCAGUCGGAAUACGUCGCCGCCCAUAUACUUAUGCGGAAUACACCGCCAGACGAUUCCAUUAUCGCCGCAGACGGACAGUAUAUCCAGAUCUGCAAUGUGAAGCCCGUUCCAUCGUCGCGCGUGUGGCCCUCGGGAGCACCUGAACAGGUGAAGAGGUUCUAUGCUUGCAACGAUGUGGAUACAUUCCUUUGUGAUCGGCCACUACACAAGCCGCCUAUCGAUAAAGAUAAUGAGUUCAAGAGUUUAUGGAUUGAACGCACUACGUUAGUUACUGAAAAUACUCUACCCGGUAUAUUGCGAUGGUCGGAGGUCAUAUCAAGAUCUGUUGAAGAAAUCCCACCUGUUGAAUUCGCCUGCGAGACUAUGGAAGCGACAGAACGCGAACUUCGCAGCCUAAUAUCUCAGUACACAGCGGACCCGACCCGCAACAUCAACCCGUUCUCGAUGCGGCUGCAGGGCACCAUAGACGCGAACGUACAAGGUGGCAUUACGAAGUAUGAACAAGCGUUCCUCACUACGGAAUUCGCGAGGACCGCCACUCAACGCGAGGCGGCGGCUGCAGCGAAACUUAGAUGGCUAGUCUCCUCCCAGCUCAUGGUGGUAGAUGCAGGCCUGGCAUUGCACGAGAGACUGGCACCGGAGGAAGUUAAACCCUUGCAUAGGAGACUAGUAGAGAGAUUUAAUCAGUUGCGACAAAACUUGGGACCCGGUCUUGCUCGCGGACGACGACAAUUAUCAGAAAGCAUAGUGAAUACGCCUCUACCGCCCGUACCGUCUCUCGACAAGCGAUCUCAGAGUACACAACAGAGUGAGAAUUAUUAUGAAGAAGGACACUUUUAUAAUAAACCUAUUUACUCGCUGGAGGAGUCGGAGCAGCAGAGCAUAAUGUCGAGCAGCGCGCCGCCGGCGGUCGCGGGGUCGACUCCCGGCGGCGGCGCGGCGGCGGGCGGGGCGCCAGGCGCGGGCGGGGGCGCGGGCGGGGGCGCGGGCGGGGUCGCGGGCGGGGCACCAGGCGCGGGCCGGCCGCGCUCGGCCGCGCAGGACCCGCGCAGCCCCACCAAGCCGCCGCACCCCCACCCACACUCGCACUCCCUCGACAAGUACCGGGAAUCCAUUGACGGUGAAAUAAUUGAGACGCGCCGUCACAGCCGUGCUUCGUGGAGUGAGCCGGGCGAUGCACCGCCCUUACCGCCUCGAGUUUCAGUAGGCGACAAACGUUCAUGGAUGGAGUCUGGGGGCGCCAGUGCGGGGCCGCCGCUGGUGCCGCGGCGGGCGACUCGCGCGGAGCCCGACGAGCGGCGCGGGGACGAUGCCCGCGACUCCGGUGUCUGCGUCGACACGCACGCCUACACCAACGCAGGUGAACACCGACACAGCCACAGUGAUCUCGAUUUAGCUAUAGAGUCUCUACGCUACGAGGACAUGAUCUCAAUGAUUCCGGAACCACUGCAGAUAGGCGAAGACGAGAUCCCACCACCAAUCCCACCUAAAGGCCUCGGACACCUCAGCAGUUUCGACUCGGGACACCACGAAAACGGAGAAUCGCACUGUUAAUGCAACAGAAGGUACAAUUUGAAUUUAUUGUCAAAUUGAAUACAGAUUAAUAUAAUGUUGUGUCCUUCUAAUUAUAUUUUUGCAGAUGUUAAAUAAGAUAUAUCUUUCGUAACUACUGUUUCUACAAUAUAUACUGUUUAAUAUUUAAAAAAGCAGAAAGAAAGGUUUUAAUAAUAAUCACUGACACAGACGCUGUUUCUGCUAGUGAUUUUGUAAUUACCCUUAGUGCAAUGCCUUUACUAGCAAGUUUUAGUCUUUUUAUGUCGAAGUUGAUCAUUCAAAUUACAUUAUUAACCGUCUCACGCACUAUUCUUGUACUGUAUAUUAUAUUGUGCAGUUUGCAGUAGGUAUAGGUUAUAUAAAGACAUCAAUGCCAAAAUUAUCUUUAAAUCAUGUAUUUAAAUUAACUUUUAAUUGAUUAACUAUUAAUUUUACUUUAGUCAAUUAUAUUUUUUCAUGAUAUACUUAUAACUGUAACAAUUCUUGUAAAAUUUUAAUCAAAAUGAAAAACGGAACGUAAUAUUGAAGAAUACGGUCGCCUAUAGAAUUUCGGUUGAUGUCGCUACGAGACAUUGCCUUUAAUUUUAUUGUAGGCGUUGAGGUUAACAUCCAAAGAAUAUAUAAUUGAAAUGAAAUCAAUUAAUAAUACAUUAUGAUUUCUAUAAUAUUUAUUUGUGUGCAUGCAUAUCAUUCCGUGUAUGGAACUAAUUUAGGCUUAAAAUUAUGUAGUCGCCAUCAAUAUGUUACAUUUUGUUAUGUAAUUUACAUUUAAUUUUGAAUUGACGGGGCCAUGAAGCUGGUGAUACAUAUUUUUUUUUAUAUAUACUGUUGACAAGAAAUUGUAUGCAAAUUAAUACACAUUAUAGUUCUCUACUUUUUAAUGCAUGUUUAUUCGUUUUAAACUAGUCGAUAUAUUGAUAUUAAUAAAUUAUUUUAACUAGCUGAACUACAUAUAAAAAGUUCGUUUUGGCGAUGACAUUCAGAGGUACAAUUAAUGGUCUAAAAACAGAAAUGUUCUACGUUAUAAUUGAUUUUUUGAAAAUUCACUAAAAUGCGUUAAUUAUGCCUCUGAAUAUAUGUAUAUUUUAUAAUAUCUUCGGAUUAAACAUAAUACACAAUGAGUAUAUAUUAUACUCAAUAUUAAUUAUUAUUAUAAUUCUAUAGUAUCGAAUUAAAGCAGCUACAAUUUUAUUUAGAGUUACUAUGGUAUUCUUUGAAUACAUAUUGCACAAAAAACGUAUAUUAAGAUACAAAUGUUUUAUUUCUCGUGGGAUUUUUGUAUAAUUAUAUCAAAUUAAAUUGAAAUUUGAAGAUUUGAAAGUGGAAUUGAUUUAUUUAUAUAAUAUGCUAGGAUAGUUUCUUUUUGGAGAUUCAGGAUGCUUUACUGGAAUUUUGUGAUAGUUUUUAUUUUAUUUAAAUUGUAUUCCUAGGCAAAGUAUUAAUUAUAAAAAUAA